UGCUGAGCGUCGGGGACGCGCACGUCACGUAUACAGUUUCAGGAAGUAGCCGAGCGGCGAACGGGCGGAAGAAAUUUGUCAAUGUUUUGUUUGUGUUUUUGAAUGCGGAAACAAGACGCAUUUAUUUAUUUCAUUGAAUUUAAUACUAUAAUGGAGAGCAGCUCGAUAUGAGGGCUACUAUGCGUUCGCUUUGAGGUUGGGCUUACUUUUUAGGGGUGAAGUACCUUCACAAUGAGCCGCCCACCAUCACAACAGAUCCAGGUCUGUGGCUCCUGGGAGAUGAAGGAGCGUCUUGGCACAGGAGGCUUUGGCAAUGUCAUGAGGUGGCAGAACAAGGAAACAGAGGAACAGAUUGCCAUCAAACAGUGCCGUCAGGAGUUGAGUCCAAGAAAUCGAGAGAGGUGGUGCCUAGAGAUUCAAAUUAUGAAAAAGUUGAAGCAUGUCAAUGUUGUAGCUGCUAGAGAGGUUCCUGAGGGAAUGCAGAAACUUGCAACCAAUGAUCUCCCAUUGCUUGCUAUGGAGUACUGUCAGGGCGGAGAUCUACGAAAGUACCUGAACAUGAUGGAGAACUGUUGUGGAAUGCGGGAAGGAUCAGUCCUUAUUCUUCUGUCUGACAUCGCCUCUGCUUUGCGCUAUCUCCAUGAAAAUCGAAUCAUUCACCGGGAUCUAAAGCCAGAAAAUAUUGUUCUACAGCAGGGAGAGAAGCGAUUAAUCCAUAAGAUUAUUGAUCUUGGCUAUGCUAAAGAAUUGGACCAGAGCAGCCUUUGUACCUCUUUUGUGGGAACGCUACAAUACCUUGCACCUGAGCUUUUAGAACAACGCAAAUACACCACAACUGUAGACUACUGGAGUUUUGGCACAUUGGUUUUUGAGUGCAUCACUGGUUUCAGGCCUUUCUUGCCUAACUGGCAACCAGUACCCUGGCACACCAAAUUGAAACAAAAAGAAGAGGAUGAUAUUGUAGUGUCGGAGGACCUGACUGGGGAAGUGAGGUUUUCCAAGCACCUGCCAUAUCCACAUAACCUUAACAGGUUCCUCGCAGAGAAAAUGGAGCGUUGGUUGCAAAUCAUGUUGAAGUGGAACCCGCGUGAGAGAGGUACUGAUCCGUUUUAUGGCCCCAAUGGAUGCUUCAAGUCACUGGAUGUCAUUCUCAGUCUCAAGCUGGUUCAUGUCCUCAACAUGGUGACAGCAGAGAUACAUACUUACCCGGUCCAGUCACAGCAAACUAUUCAGUCUUUGCAAGAAUGCAUUGCAGUUGACACACAAGUUCAACCAGCUAAUCAGGAACUUCUUUUGGAAGCUGGAGUUCCGCUGGACCCCCUGAAAGAUAUCACACAGUGUGCAGUUGACUACAAGUUAAUUGAUGGACGUAUAGACAUGCCUUUGCUGUUCCUGUUUGACAAAAGCAAGAGUAGCUAUGAGCCUCAUUUGAGUCAACGUCCCAUGCCGGAGAACAUCAAGUUUGUUCAGGUGGACCCAAAGAAGGUUCUGCAGUACAGUCAGCUGCGAAGGACUUACGGCCAGGCUUGGCACACAAUUCGCACACUGAAGGAGGACUGGCAAAGGAUUCAACAGGGGCAAAAAGCUGCCCUUAUGAGCCUUCUACGCCACAAUGGUUCUUUGUCCAAGCAAAAGAAUGAGAUGACAUCUAUGAACCAGAGACUGAAAGCCAAGCUGGACUUCUUCAAGAUGAGUGUCCAGAUCGAUAUGGAGAAAUACCAGGAACAGAAGGUUUCUGGCAUCACGUCUGAAAAGAUGAUAUCUGCUUGGAUGGAGAUGGAACAAACUGCAUUGAUUUGUGGACAACAGGAGGAAGUGAUGCAGCUUGAGGAGCAGAUGAUGUCACUUCAGACUGACAUAGUGGAAUUGCAAAGGAAUCCUUCGGGAUGGAAACAUGGAGAUGGUCUGGAUGGACUUGAGGGAAAGGCCAUGGAGCUAUAUCGCCGAUUGAGGGAGAAGCCAAGAGACCAGCGCAGCUCUGGAGACUGCCAAGACAUUGUGAAGCUGGUAGUUCAAGCUGUGUUCUUCUAUGAGAAGAAACUGAAAGACUUUUAUGCACAUCUCAGUAAGACAGUUGUGUGCCGGAAAAAGGUGAUGGACUUAAUCCCUCAGGUUGAGGGGGUCAUUCAAAAGAUGACAGAGAGUGAGAGAACCAUAACCAGCUUGCAGGAGAAACGUCAGAAAGAAUUGUGGAACUUGUUGAAGGUGGCCUGUAGUAAGGUGCGCAGUCCUCUAAGUGGGAGUCCUGAGAACAUGACUCCUUCACGGUUUAGUGCCAGCGCACCACAUAUGCUGUCUGCUCAGGCACGCCCUGUCUGCAAGGCGACGUCAGAUUCCAAGUGCAGAGAUGAAUCGUUUGUGGUGAUUGAAGAAAGCAGGAACUUUGAAUGUCAGCUGCAGAGUCUGGUUCAGGAGACAAUCCAGGAGCAGGAGCAGCAGCAUGACAUGAAGGACCUCCAGAAGUGGUGCUGGCUCAAUGAAAGGGAAGCAAGUUCUUGAGAGGGAGGAAUCGAAACCACAGAGAAGCUUUCUAUUGGCCGAGAGUACGAGUUUGGCUCACAGCACAAGGCACGUCAAGGAGCUGCAGAACUCCCAGGCUGCAUUUAAACGUUUCAUUCUUUCUUUGUCUUUCUUUUUGCCACUCUCUUGUGUAUGAAGCACUGACUAAUACGGGGACGUUGUGUUUAUAAAUUCUGGACAACUCUAAGUGUAACGUUACAUGAGAGAAUUCCUGUGCCAUAUUGCCAAAUGGACACAACCUCUACGUAUUACACUGUUCAGCGUGAAAAUCGUACACAUCGUAAACUAAGACACACAACCUGCUUAAAGAUAAAAAGCAGAAUGCUCUGGAAAAGUGAAAGGACUUUAGGGUUAUCAGCUUUCUGUAACGGAAUGUAAACUGCUGUUUUUCACUGCGUAUAUCAAAAUGUUUUAUUUUUGUAAUUAAAGGUCUAUAUAUAUAUAUAUAUAUUUUUUUUUUUUUAUGGGCAGUUACCGACUUUGAAUGUUGUUGCCACUUUUCAACCUUGACAUCCACAGUCCUGGCUCACCCUUUGAGAAAUUCACCAUUGCUGACCUUUCUGUGAAGCGCUAACAUGGCAUACAAGUUAAACCUACUGGCGUUUGGCCGAUUUUAUUUUUACGAUUAAAGCAAAUUUAGUAACUUAUUAUUUAGAAAUGUACGGUUAAGGUGAAAAGUUUCCAUCCACUUGUAUAACAGAAAUUCAACUUCAGUUUUAAAUUUAUUGUGGAUUUUCUGAAACCUUCAAAACAUCAAAUGAUAGCUACAAGGUAUAAAAUACACUCACACGUACACCUGCUGAGAUUACGAAUGCAGUUCAAAGUUCCAAAAUGCGUUUUAACUUAACGGCCUGUUAGAGGGGACGGUUGACUCCGGCUAGUAGCUUCUCUGUGUUGCUUGUUUGACGACACUCUUUGGAUUGACUGACACGCAUUACCAUGAGAGAGUCCGAGGAGCUCAGUGUAGAUGUGAGAAUGUGAGAAGGAGAAGCGUAGACUUACACAAAUGGCAUAUCUAAACAAUGUCAGAGUCCAAGACCACCAGUUCACACAGUUGUUCCUAAGGACAAGGUAUUUGGAUCUGGAGACACUUUGCCAGGGGGUCUGGAAGAAAACCUAAGCUGUCACACUCAUCUGGUAGGAAGUUGGCAGGAACAACCAAGAAACAGGUCUGCCACGGACUAGAGCAGGGGUGUCCAACUCCCUCCGAUCCUGGACGGCCUCAGUGGAUGCAGGUUUUCAUUCUAGCUCUUUUUUCUUAAUUAGUGACCAGUUUCUGCUGCUAUUAACUUCUUCUGCCUUAUUUCUAGUUGACUUGCUAUUUAAGACACCGACCCCUUCAUUCUUUUCUUUUUUCCUUAAUUAGCAGCCAAACAAUAAUGAGACACAAAGUGAGCCAACGCAUGACCAGCUAACCAGCGUCCAUCAUUAUAAUGCCUGAAAAUAAAGAAAGGUGAGGGUCUCAGUAAUGUUGAUCUGCUCAGGUCCAUAAAAUAUUCUGAUGGUUCUCUUAGGGAAAAAAAGGAAAUCAGCCAUAUUAGAAAUGGCUGCUGUGGCAGAAUGAGGGCACCAGAAAGCCAUGGAGGUAAAUAACGGGUUUAAUUGACAAGAGUCGUCUUCUAAUUAAGAAACUGGUUGGAGUUAGCUGGUCAUCUGUUGGCGCACUUCACGUCUCAUUUGUGUUUGGCUGCCAUUUAAGGGGAAAAAUCAAAUCAGAGGACAGAGUCUUCACAAGUCAAUGAAUAAUGAAUUGGUCUCUGAUGAAGAAAGUGACAGGAAGGAAAACCAGCAGCCACUGCGGCCCUCCAGGAUCGCAGCUGGACCCCACUGAUCGGCCGCUGGAACACCAGUGUCCCUGGCCACAGUCCAGCGAGUUUUACUACGCUAUGGGGUGAGUGGCUGCCAUCCAAGAACAAAGCCCCUGCUCCAACAUGAACUCCUUCAAGCUCGAGUAUACUUUUUGGCUGGUCACAUGGACAAAGGAAAAGCCUGCAGUGAAGUUUUAUGUUAAGAUGAAACAAGCAACAUCCAGGGGUAUGUUUGGAGGAGAAAAACAUGUGGCAGUCAACCCCAAGUAAACUGUGCCAGCUGUUAAGCGUGGUGUCGGUGGCGGCAGCGGCAUCACGCUCUGGGGCUGUUUUGCUGCUGGUCCACUGCACAAAGCGGACAGAAUAACAAAGGAGGAGGAGGAGGAGGAUCACCUCAGGAUUCUUCAGCACAACCUCAAACCAUCAGAUGGAACAUUGAAACUUGGACACAAUUGGGUGGUGUUGGUGGCAUCAUACUCUGGGGCUGUUUUACUCUCAGUGGAGCUGGUGUGCGGCACAAAGUGGACAGAAUAAUAAAGGAGGGUUACCUCAGAAUUCUUGAGCAGUGUCCUUUUAUUUUUCUUUUGUCUGCCAGAUACCUGACUGAUUAGCUCAAUGAGGAAUUGAAAAGUUUAGAAGAAAAGGAUAAGUAGAGUAGUGGAGUAAAAUGGUUCAUGUGUCGAGUAUGAAAUGACUUGAAAAGAUCAACGUUGCCAUCAGCUUGAAGCCCGGACACAAUUUGGUGUUUCAUCAGGACCCUAACUUUAAACACACAUCAAGACAUUAAAUGUUUGGAAUGGCCUUCCCGAUGUUAACCCUACUGAAAACAUAUGGCCUGGGCCAGGAAACCAACAAAUCUGCUGUUCCGCUAAGAACAGUGGCCAUGCCAGAAGCUUGCUGAAGGUGAAAGCAAAUAUUAGGUGCGUUGUGUGGAUAUUUUUGACCCCGUGAUGUUUUCAGAAAACCCAUCUAAACGUGUGUGCUAAAUUGCAGAUUUUUACUUAUGUAACAAAGAUCUUUGUUGUUCUUGUGUCUGCCCAAUACCUGACUGAUUAACUAGAUGAGGAAUUGAAAACUAAAGUUUAGGAGAAAAGGAUGAGCAGAGUGACGGAGUAAAACGGAUCACGUGAUGCUGUCAGUGGGUCUGAUCACUGGUACUCUUUUGGGGUAUUUCAUGUUGAAUGAAGAGCAGAUUUCAUUUAAAACUUGAACCAAAUGGACUUUUACAUCACUGUACUUUCAUCUUUUUAGCAAGAACAUGUCCCUUGUGUGAAAAGGAACUCUUAGACACCUAACGCACGAUGGUGAGAUGAAGAUAUUGGCUUAUCAAGGUCUGUAAAGUUGUUCCUGGAGGGCCGUGGUGGCUGCAGGUUUUUGUUCUCACCCAGGUGUUCAAUCCUUGCCAAUAAGUGACCUUCCUUGAUGUUGCACCUUGUUAGUGUUUCCAUUCUGCCAUGUCAGCUUAAUUCUUAUUUUGUAGAUUUUUUUCCUUUCCAAGGAUAUCAUCCAGAUGGGUUGUAGCCUGAAGCGGGUGAGUACUUCUCAGUCCUUCACUUUUUUCUCUUCAGUUUUCUUCUAAGUGUUUUAUUAAACUGGAGGAGUUCACGAUGAAUGCACACAGUAUAAUUAAUGACACGCUGGAUGAGGAAGUGCGGCUUCCUUUGACAUCUUCAACUUUUUGCUAACUAGUUAAAUUAUCAAACUAAACUACCACGAAACGAUUACAACUUCAAAACUGUACAGGAGUAAAUGCUAUUUAAUUUCUUGAAUAAACUCCUAUUUCACUUUAUAAUACAAACUGAUAUUAUAUUUAUGGAAACAAUACAAUUGAAUUACGGUAAAUACACUUUAUUCUUCCCGGAUGACUUAUCAGCUGAUAAGCAGUUGCUCAAUUUUUAAGCUACAUUUUUUUUUUUUUUUACAUUUCAUUUGAAGUGUAUAGAAGCAAAGGCUCGUGUGACGUCAGUUGUGAGCAAGCACCAUAAAGCUGCGCCUGAGAGAAGCCAUCUGUUCUUAGAUCAGCGCCUGCAAUUCCCGGCUUGAGACCCUGCGACUUCUUUAUGGUCACAGCAAAGCUGACACAAAAAGGACAUGGCCGACUUUUAAGAGAGAAUGGGACAUUAUUGGGAAUGAAACAAUUUGACCUCUUCCAUCACCAGUCAAUAUUUCAGCUUAUUAUAUGACUGCAAAGAGCUCUGACUUUUAAUUUAGUCCCACUGCAGAGUUCAGGUGGGCUCCACUUUCUCGGCCGCAUGAUUGGUUGACCCUGCUUUCUGUCUUUUUUCUCUCUUUUUUUAGUAUUCCUCUGGCAGUUUGUGGCUAAGCGAUUGUUUUGCUGCUGUUAACUUUCUUUCAAUUCUUCCUCUGGCAUCACCAGAUUUUAAAUUGGUUCUCAUUCUAGAAUUCGUAUUAUCUGAAUGUAAAUAAAAAGAUCUAAAAGUAGCAAAACAUGUUGACUUUAUGCCACUGAAUGUGAAUGGUUAGUUAAAUGCCCCCAGUGAAUAUGUUUAAUUGUCAAGGUCCACGAGUUGAGCCCCAGGAGCAACACUGAGGUGAUGUCUUCACUUGUUCUCUUUUUUUUUUCACGACAAUCUGAUUGAAUGCAUCCUCAAUUUGGGACUCACUUCAGAAGUGGUAAUUCACCUGAAGCUUGGCGUGUUUGGGCCUGGCCAGUUGUUGGGUGGGAGACAAUCUAGGCAAAGCUGGUGUUGCUGCUGGGGAGGCCAUCAGGGGGUGCUCACCCUGUGGUCUGUGUGGGAAUCCCAGUGCCCCAAAGCAGUGAUAGGGAGGACAGUGCUGUAAAAAUGGUGCUGUCCUUGGGAUGAGGUAUAAAACCAAGGUCCUGACACUCUACGGCCAUUCUUCAAAAAAGACCAGAUGUGUACGCUGAUGUCCUGGCUAAGUUGCACACCAUGGCCUGGUCAUUUUGGACCCCUAAUUAUCCCAUAUCUCUAAUUCUCUCUCACCCUUUCACCACGCAUUAGCUAUUUUGUGGUGAGCACAAUGGCCCAAGAAUAACUGCUGUCAUUUCAUCCCAGUGGAUUUCCACUGCUUAAUGAUAAGCGGAUUGAAUAAUUAAAAAUCAGCUACAUAAAUAUAAUUAAAUUAAGAAAAUGUGUUGCAUAGCAGGAUUUUAUAAAGAAGAGUGUAGCCGUUCAUCUGGGUCCCAGUCAUACCUACCUAAUUUCAGGUAAAUCGCUUCAGCCAUUCUCAAAUGACUCCCAGACAAUCCGACACAUGUUAACUUCUUAGCCAUUAAAAACAGUGAAUGCAGCUGUUCAAGAAUAAAAUAAGCAGUUAAGGGUGGGGAAUCUUAACAAGCAAGACCACUAAAACGAAGCAGUAACUGACCUCUUAUUAAGAAAUGGGAUUUGGGCAAAAACCUGCAGCCACUACAGCCCUCCAGGACUGACCAUGCAAACCCCUGCCCUAGACAACUGUGCAAAAGCAGGAAAGGUUCAAUCAGCUAUAAAUCUGUUAAAAUAAAAAAA